UUAGAGAAAUUGUUUCGGUUUGGCUGGCUAGCCUCACCAAUAGGUUUGGUUCUGUUGUUGUUUAUAGCCUUGGAUUGUGUCUGUGCCUCUUAUGUGUUUGUGUUUAUGUCUCUGUGACUCUCUGUAAGCAACUCAAAAAGUUGUGUCUCUUUCUUUCUUCUUUCUAUUUCCUUUCAUGAAAACUCAGAAUGAAGCAAGAGGUUACUGUGAUUGAGUGAGCCAGAAGAACAAAUCCAAUUCUUAGGUCCCUUUUCAGUGUUUUCUUUUGUUGGUUUUUCUGAUUUAUUUUCUUCUUCAUCUCAACGUGUUUUGAGGAAAGUGGCUUUGAGUUCUUGCUCUGAAUGCUCCUGCAUGGUCAAAACGUGAUCGAAUUUGGAAACCUCAUGUGCAACCGCUUUGUUCUCUGUUAGAGUAGGGGAAGCUGAAGUUCCUAUCUUUGUUGGGGGUUCGAAGAUUCUAAGCUAAGAACUUUGGAAUCAAUCAAAAUCCCUCAGCUGCAAAUUUUCACCCUCCAAACUUGUCUGCUGCUAAGAAAGUCAUUUUUCCACAGCAUUCACCGAAGGAUAGAAUCAGAAUCGGAAUCAGAAUCAGAACCAGAAAUAGCAGAACCACCAUACCAAAAAAACUUCAACUUUUUGUGCUCCCCUGUUUCUACACUCUGUUUUUCUGCCAAGCCAAGAAAUGAAGGAAGCUGAGAAGAGCUUGGAUCCGCAGCUAUGGCAUGCUUGCGCCGGUGGCAUGGUUCAGAUGCCUCCGGUGAACUCCAAAGUCUUCUACUUUCCACAAGGGCAUGCCGAGCAUGCACAAACUAACGUUGAUCUGGCAGCUCCCCUGAGGGUUCCUUCCUUCAUCCUCUGCCGCGUGGCGCAGGUGAAAUUCCUUGCUGACCCUGAAACCGAUGAAGUCUUUACAAGGAUAAGCUUGGUUCCCCUGAGGAAUUCAGAGCUUGAUUCUGAUGAUGGCGGUGUCCUUGAUGCCAAUGCUUUGGAGAAUUCAGAAAAGCCUGCUUCUUUUGCAAAGACCUUAACUCAAUCCGAUGCAAACAAUGGUGGGGGGUUCUCUGUUCCAAGGUACUGUGCAGAAACAAUCUUCCCCCGACUCGAUUACUCCGCAGAGCCGCCGGUUCAGACCGUGAUCGCCAAGGAUGUUCAUGGUGAAGUUUGGAAGUUCAGGCACAUAUAUAGGGGCACACCGAGGAGGCACUUGCUCACAACAGGGUGGAGCAGUUUUGUCAACCAGAAGAAACUGGUUGCAGGGGAUUCAAUUGUGUUCCUGAGGGCCGAAAAUGGUGAUCUCUGUGUUGGGAUUAGGCGUGCCAAGAGGGGAACAGGUGGAGGAUCGGAGGCGCCAUCGGGAUGGAGCUCCGGGAAUGGAAGUUGUGGUCUUGGCUCUUAUGGAGCAUUCUCUGCCUUCUUGAGAGAGGAGACCAAGCUGUUGAGGAAUGGUUGUGGGAAUUCGAGUCCCGGUGGCGGCGGCGGCGGCGGCGGCGGUUUGAAUGGAAAAGCUAAAGUAAGUCCUGAAUCCGUGAGGGAAGCUAUAACACUGGCUGCUAGCAAUCAGCCAUUUGAAGUUGUUUAUUAUCCAAGGGCAAGCACACCGGAGUUUUGCAUCAAGGCUUCGGCUGUGAGGGCAGCAAUGAGGAUACAAUGGAGCACUGGGAUGAGGUUCAAGAUGGCCUUUGAGACUGAGGAUUCUUCUAGGAUCAGCUGGUUCAUGGGGACCAUUGCUUCUGUUCAGGUUGUUGAUCCUAUCCGCUGGCCUAAUUCCCCUUGGAGACUUCUUCAGGUUACUUGGGAUGAGCCAGAUUUGUUACAUAAUGUGAAGCGUGUAAGCCCAUGGUUGGUUGAAUUGGUAUCAAGCAUGCCAGCCAUCAAUCUAUCGCCCUUCUCUCCGCCAAGGAAGAAACUCCGGUUUCCACAACACCCCGACUUCCCCCUCGACGUUCAAUUUCCUAUACCGUCGUUUUCAGGCAACCCCCUAGGGCCUCAUAGCAGCCCCUUGUGUUGUCCAUCUGAUAAUGCUCCUGCAGGCAUACAGGGAGCCAGGCAUGCUCAAAUUGGAAUAUCUCUUUCAGAUCUCUACCUUAACAACAAACUGCAGUUGGGGGUGAUUCCGGCCGCGAAUGUCCAGCGACUGGAUUUGCAUUCGGGGUUUCCCAGUGGCGGCAACUUCACUGGCCAUGACAAGAGUAAAGAAAGCUUGUCAUGCUUGCUAACCAUGGGAAAUUCUCACAAUAAGAGUUUGGAGAAGUCUGAUAAUGUUAAGAGACACCAAUUUUUGCUUUUUGGUCAACCAAUACUCACUGAGCAACAAAUCUCCAGAAGGCCUUCUUCUUCUGGUGGUGAUGAUGAUGUGUUGCCUCAGAAUGGUACCAAGAAAACUUCAAUAGAUGAGAAUGAGAACAAAGACAAAGAGAAGUGGUUUUUCAAUGACUCUCAAUCUCCUCUUUCACAACAAUUUUCACCUGGUAAAUCAAAAUCAUCUUGUAGCACAGAGUUAUCUUGGCAAAUUGGGUUGGAUACUGGUCAUUGCAAGGUGUUCAUGGAGUCAGAAGAUGUUGGAAGGACACUUGACCUGUCACGUCUUAGCUCCUAUGAUGAACUGUAUAGGAGACUCAGCAACAUGUUUGGAAUCGAAAGAUCCGAGUUGUUGAGUCAUGUACUCUACCGUGAUGCAACUGGUGCUGUCAAGCAAACUGGUGAAGAACCCUUCAGUGACUUCAUGAAGACAGCAAAAAGAUUGACAAUUCUGACGGAUCCAAGCAACAAGGAUGCAAGGAGGGCAUGGAUUACAGGUACUCGGAAUGGUGAACAUGGAUUGGAUGCAUCAAACAAGACAGGUCCUCUUAGCAUAUUUGCUUGAUAAUAACAUGGUGUUGCUGUCUCACUAUAAUGAGAUUUAAUACCCUCUUUUUUUGUAUUUGACAAGUUGAAUUGAAGAACGAACUUUCAUAUAGAGGGGGCUCCAAUUAUGAACUGAGCCAUUUUUAAAUUCA